UUUGUGGUAAAAUUAGGUGCCUCAGCUUAUAUUAGGGUUGGCUUAUACUCGAGUAUAUAUGGUAACUGUAAAAUGUUGCAUUUGUUUUGAAAUUUCUUAGUAUCACAUACUUGUUACACCAGCCUGCCAAUGGUACACAUUGCAGUUGGCAACAUUUCUUGUAAAUCAUUCGUUCCUAGUAACUCAGACUUGCUGCUUAUUUUGCUGAGGGACUCCAGAUCACUUCUGCCCUAAAGUAUGUUUAAUAGCACCAUUGUGGGCUGCUCAUAGAUGUGAAAAAAGGGUUCCAUCCAAGUUCAGGCUUCCAAGUGCCACUCUACCUCAUUAAACCAGGUCCCCAUCUCUUGCCUUCUGCGGAUUUGGUUGGAUUUAGGCAUAGGAGUUGAGAGAGAAAAUACAUGAAAGAAAUGGUCCAUUCUAUGCUGAUUUGUGCCUUUUAUUUGUCAUGAAACUGCUUCACUUGCAGAAUCAAACAAUCCCAGUGCCCUAUCAGCAGUCUGUUCCCUCAUUGCUCCCUGUGUUCUGUGCUGGUCAGCUGCAGCAGGGAGGAUCAAUCAAAGCACGCUCAGCUGUGUGUUUGUUGCCAAACAAGGAAGAGUCACAGCAGUGGGGUCAGGAACCAAACACGGAAAGUGAUUUUUCCCUUGAGCUGACACAUUUCAGAUGUUACCCUGGGGAGAUUUUUAUUUUUGUUUUUGUUUCUGUUUCUGGCCAGCUCUUUGGUUUGUUCACUCCUUUGGGAAGGUCUUGUGUAUUAUUUAAAUUGGCAGAUGCAGAGCGAAAAGGCUUUCAAGGGGAUGGCAAUGGAAACAAUGAACUAGAACAAUACCAAGUAAAUGGCAUUCAUGGCUCUGCAGUUCGGAUGCAGCAAGUCAUUACUUCCUGCUCAGCCCAAGGAACCCAUAUGACUGUCGAAGUACAUGCCAGAAAUUCUACCCCACAGUUAUUUAAGAAGCUCUCUUUGGGGAAAGGUUUUCAAGAGAAUGGAAAACGGAGAACCCGUCCACCUGGAUUAAAAGAUCAACAUGCUUAUCCAUGGGACAGGUUGUGCCUGAAAUCGAUGCCUUUUGACCUGAAGCAGUUUGAGAAAUUAGAUGCAUAUGCAAAGAAGGUGACUGCCAAGGAUAGUGUGGAAGAGCUAGUGAAAACCUUGCUCCGUGUUGCACAUACUGAUUUGGAAAAAGUUAGGGCCAUCUGGACAUGGAUAUGCCACCAUAUAGCAUAUGAUAUUGUAGGCUUCUUUCACAAAGACAAACUGUCUUUCAAGCCCAAGGAUGUCCUUCAGAGCGGCAAGAGCAUUUGUGAAGGAUAUGCCGGGCUUUUUGAACAAAUGUGCAGCAUCGCAGGAGUGCAGUGCAUGAAUUUAUCUGGUUACUCUAAAGGCCAUGGCUACAGAUCUGGACAGACCUUUUCUGGAAAGUAUGACCAUGCUUGGAAUGCUGUUUACCUUGACGGACGGUGGCAUUUGGUGGAUAGCACAUGGGGGAGUGGCUCCAUUGAUGACUGUUUCAGCAAAUUUACCUUCAGAUACAAUGAAUUUUACUUCCUCACACACCCUGCCCUCUUUAUUAAUAAUCAUUUCCCAGACAACAGCAAUUGGCAGCUACUCAAACCAGCGGUGACACUGGAACAGUUUGAAAGCAACAUGUUGUACAAGAGUGACUUCUACAAGAUGGGAUUGCUGGCAGCCCAUCCACCAACUGCAAUUAUUCAAACAGUAAAUGGAAAAGUAGCAAUAGAAGUGGAGAGCCGUUUCCCAAUGCUGUUCAUGUUUGAGUUGAAAGGGGCAAAGGCGUAUAGCUUGAUGAUGCUGAAGAGGAAUGGGAUGAAUCUGGAACUCUAUCCACAGAAGACAGGGAGUCACAAGCUACAGAUCUAUGCCAAGCCAUCCAAGGGCUCUGAUGAAGUCUACAACUGUGUGCUAGAAUACACCAUAGAGUGCAGUGCUGUAGACAGGAACAUCUGCUUUCCAAAGGAGCUCCAUCAGCCUGUUGGACCCAGCUGGUUUACAGAGAGACAAGGGUUCCUCAAACCUUCACAAAAAGCCCCUAUUAUUCAUACCAACGAUGGCCGUUUUGACCUCAGCUUCAUCCUCAGUAAAGACUUGAGUGUUCUAGCCUCACUGCAUUCAGAUGAUCUAAACCUCAGCGAGGACAUGAGUAGACGGUAUAUUUUGCAAGUUUGUCAAGGGAACCAGAUAGACUUUAAGAUCCAUCUUCCCUACACAGGAAACUUUGUUUUCAAAAUUUUUGCUAAGAAGAAGUCUGAUCCUGGCAACUAUAACUACGUCUUCAACUACCUCAUCUGUUGCCCAAAUGCAGAGGUUAAGUGGCCAAUGUUCCCCCAGAAUUAUAGCAAGUGGGCAGAAGGCUAUGAGUUGCUGGAGCCUUUAGCUGCACUGCUACCAGCUAACUGCAACAUCAAGUUUAAACUCAAGCUUCACAGCAUCGCCAAGGCAUUUGUUCAAUGUGAAAAAACCUUCCCUUUAAUUCUAAGUAAGAAUGGUUACUGGGAAGGAUCCUGUAGCACUUUUGGUUGCACAGAGGUGUAUGUGAUGGUGUUGGAGAAUGCUAACCACAAGUUCUACUCACGCAUCUUGAAAUAUGACGUUGAGGCACAGUGAAAAAGCCACUCCGACACGUCUCAUUUGUCCGGAUGAGUAGGGACAUUUGGUAUAUCUACAAUCCAUACAGCACCAUGCAGUCUAUUUCACCCUAAGGUUGGGCAACAAUACGUACCUCUUUUAAGUAGCAGAAAAACUUCUUCAUGGUCUUUCACUGGUAUAAUAUAAUGAGUGAAGUUUGUAGGAAAUGUAACUUCCAUACUCGCGUAAAGAAAGACAAGGUGUUCUGUAUUUUAUUGCAAACUAGUAAUAAUCUAGCAUAUUAAAAAGAAGUUCAUACACAUCUUACCACCAACCUAUUAUUCUGGGAUGCAGAUUUCCCAACAGGUGAUAUCUGAAUGGCUGUGUUGAGAAAAAAAGACAUUAUUGUGAAUUGGAAGGGGGCAUUGUAUAACUCAUUCUGUGCCAGGGAUAGUGGAGGACCAUACAUUUUCAAACAUCAGUACAAGAGUAACUGCAAAUGGCAAGCAAGACAAAUGCUCUUGCAUCUAAAAGAAAUCUUUCUUGUAUGCACUUCAUUGUCUUACAAAUAUAAAACAGUACUGCGAAAUAAGGUUUUUUUUACACCAGAUCUUAAAUUUAAUUAAAUGCUAGUUGUUAUCUCAUUGGAUUGUGGUGCUUUUUAAGUCACAUCAAGCUUAAGAAAUCAAGUUUUUUUGGGGGAAAAGGUAUAAUUUAAUGUUAUCUGCUCUUUAUAAAAGUUACUUACUCUGGGAAAUAACACUUCAUAAAAGGUAACUUGCCUGUAGAGUGAAAUGGGAUACACAAAGACAAUCCUGAUGAGUGUGUUGCAUGAAACAUAUAUACAAAGCUAUAUUUGAAAUAGGUGGCUUAAUUCCCCAGAGAUUCUCAGAGUUCAAUAUGACUGGCAUUAAAAAAUCUGUGGUUUUACUGAGUCAGAAAAUAAAUUUCUUUAAACAGAAAUUA